AUGCAGGGAGACGCCUCGUCUGCCUUCAUGGGCGGACGCGUGAGGAGCACCAGUCUCUCCUUCGACCGCAGCAGUGCCGGCGGUGGCAGCAAGCCCGGCGUCCCGUCACCACCGCUGGUCAACCCGGCACCACAGUACGUCGCCAUCUCAGCGGCCACACAGCUCAUAUCAGCUUCACACGGCGUCAACCCGCUCGAGCCAAAGGAAGGAAGACCGGGCAAUGCCAUUGUUACGCCGCCCUCGCUCGUCCUCGUCAACGGGUUCCUCGACCAUGUCCUAUUCAACAUCCUGCUAGCAGCCAAAUCCACAAGGCUGGCAGCCAUCAGACCAGCCGUUUCAGACGUGCUCAAGCCCCGGCUGGCCCGCGCCGUUGUCUCGGUCGCGGACGAGGAGCUGAGCGAGUACAUGGGCACCAGCGACGAGGAGGAGCUGACCGGCUACAGAGGAGACUGCCAGGACGAUCCCACGACAACGGGACACUUCGAGCUCGAGCGGUCGUGGAAGCUGACCCGGCUGCGAUGCAUGGUCUACGCCCGGCUCGGAGACAUGGAGGAAGACGACGAGGAAGAGUACCUACAGCGCGAGGGGCUGAACGAGUCUAACGGCCGGCCGUACUUCAUGAACCAGGGGGGUCUACUCUCGCCCGCAGCGGCCAUCUUCCUCACCUCGAUACUAGAGUACAUCGCGGAGAACAUACUGGUUAUCGCCGGCGAAAACGCCAGCACCCGGCUCGGCUUCUCAGACGAGAACGACGAGCGUAAGUACCAGGGCGGCACACUGGUUGUCGACGAUGUCGAUGUCGAGAAGGUCGCUCUCAACCCGACCCUGGGCCGGCUCUGGCGCACCUGGAGGAAGACCAUGAGGGCGCCUGCUCUCUCGCGGACGCUGUCUCGAGAGUCCCUGGUCCGCCGUGGCUGCUCGUCCCGGACCAGCACGCACAGCAGCGUCGGCACCUUCGACACGUUUGACACCUUCAACGGCUUCUCCUUUGGCCGCAAGAUAUCCUCCUCCGCCGGCGAUCAGCACGUUUCAGAAACCGCCGAUGACGCCGUUAGUGUCAACCCGGCGGAGAUUCCACUCCCUCUUAGCGAGUAUGACAUUGAUGAAAUUGAGAUACCCGGUUUCAGCGCCCAGCUCGCCGUCGCCCUGCCCGCUCGUUCCAUGCGACCCAGGAGCCUGUUCAUCUCCAGUUCGGAUGUCAGAAGCACCUCGCCGCGGGUCAGGGCGUCGCAGCCGGCUCGUUCUAGCACCAAAAGGGCCCAUACCCGUUCCCACUCGCUGCCUCAGUCUAUCUAUAUUACAAAGUCCACCUCCCCGUCUCCGACCCGGACCAGACGCUCUGCCUCGUCUGCUGCAGACUCUAGGGAAGACAACCACGAGAUGCUCGAGAGCAUGCCAGAGGCAGAGGAACCCGAGACCGAGAGCAAAAAGGCCGCCGUUGUUGUUGCUGCUGUACCAGAUGAGCAGCAGGCUGCUCCUGACUCGACAUCCAUCUACUCUAGCUACAAGGCCUCUUCUUCCUCUUCCUCCUCUUCUCCUGACCAGCACUCAAUGCAGCCAGACGUCUCUCCUCCCAGCAGCGAGACGGGCGAUGACAACAGCGUCGUCUCGUCCAUACACACCAUACCCGAAACCUCGCGGAUGGAAAACGCAGCAUACUACUCCUCUUCAUCCCUUACCGACGAUGACCUACAGCCUUCUCGCAAGGCUCCCCGAUCCCGCAACAACAACAGCAACAAACCACCUACCAGCAACCCAUUCGGAGACAACAUCGUGGAAACCUCCUUCGUCUCCCGUUCUCCUCGCUCUCCCAGCCGGGGAUCUCGGCUCACACCCCUGACCGAAGUAGCGGACAACACGCCGGUGCAGGAAGAACAACAGCAUUCUUCGCCGGACCAGGUUUCGAUCAACUCAGGAGACAGCGAACCCUCCGUCAACCCACGGAGCAGAGCAUGGCUCACAAGAAUCAACACAAACUGUUCCGCAAGACAGACAUAUCCUGUGUCCCCAGGCUCAGAACGCGCUGCUGUCCAACGAGUCACUCCUCCGCCAUCCAGCAUCUCCCGAGACUCCAGCAAACUACGCAGAUCAGAGAGUGCAGGCAGCCGGCGUGAGGGACGACCCAUCACCUCCGGCUCCGGCGUCUCACAGGGCUCAAGCAGAAUCAGGGGUCUGGUUAGCAGGCAGCCUUCAGACCUCUCCGUCUCCGUCAUCUGUUCGUCAGACGGGAGCGGAAGCGGGUCGGCAGCUCUCGAGGAACUCCUGAUGAGCGACGAGACGAUUCACUAUACCCUGACGCCACGAAACAUGCGAGAGAUGGAGGAAGUGGGCUCGCCUCGAUGGGCGGCUACCCGGCCAGCAGACCUUACCGAUCUCGAUACGAGUUCGGUCAAGAGUGGUAAACAGAGCCGCAGAAUCCUGUCUUUACACUCGCCUUCGAAAUCGCCGCAGUCUCCGCUAGCUCGAAACCCCCCUAGCCCGCCGCCGUCAAAUGCUAAAACGACAGCUCCACAGGCGCGAGAUGCGAGAGUCGAAAACGCAUCCGUUAGAGACUUCGCCAACUUCAUUCGUUCCACAGGGCCAGAUAAGGGGUUACACCCGCCAGCUGCCCAAUUUAAUAGCUUUGCUCGCGCUGCUAAAAAUCAUCAUCCCGGCUCUCCUGUAAACACGGGAGCUUCGUCACCCAGCUCGCUCGCUCCUCCAAAGGCAUCAAGGGAUAGCACCAUCACCACCUCCUCCACCACUACCACUCCAACCGGUACCAUCACCGCACCGCGAUCGACAAACAAACCCCGUCUGGAGGCUCGCCCCGCAGUCUUCGUCAGAGAUAACAAGACGUCAGAGCUGAUCGACUUCAUCCGUCAGGGGCCCCCUGAUCCUCACGCUCGUCGUUUGCAGCAGAAGACCGUCGCCCCCUUCAGGGAUACCAUGACUUCAGACGAUUUCCGUGCUUUCACCCAGCGUGACCUCAUCAAUGGUGAAAGUUCAAUGCCAGGAACCCAGGAUGGCUCGAUGGUUGCCGCAUCUGUUGCCUCCAUCAACUCCCACACGGCGCUAAUCGACACUAGCAACCGACCCAGCAGCCGAACGUUCCAGUACCGGCACUCUCCAACCGCAAACCUUCGAGGCGAUGGCUCGAGUACUCCUGCUAAAACGCGCCGACGAGUCAGGGACCCAUACGCCAUUGAUUCGGAUAGCGAGGACGAAUACGACGACGUUCGCGACUCGGCUACCACUACUGCUGCUACUAAGCCCAAGGAAGAAAGUUUGGCUGAGUUCCUGAAAAACGCUCCUCCUCCACCACCCCCUCCAAAGCCACAGCCGUUCACCAUCAACAUCCAGAAGGCCAACGAACUCCAGCGCCAGAAGUCCAAGAGACCGGCCAUCUCACGAAGCGUAACUCUAGACUCCACCUCCGAGGCCGGGUCGCCUGCUCCUCCCAGACUCGUCGACUUACCUGCCAAAUACAACUCCAACGGCCACGGCCAUGCCCACGGCCACGCAGGCAGACCGCAGGCCUCGCUAACUUCGGCUCCAUCCUUCGUCGCUACCAUCCAUGCUGACCAGCCUGACAACCAAUGGCAUUCUGGCGGCAGACUGCCAAAGGGCGUCAUCAAGGGCGUCGAGGCCGACGGUCUAUACAGAUCUAACAAGUCUGAUACCGCCGCCCUAGCUGAUUUCUUGAAGAACACCGGCCCUCCGCCCUCGCCUAGCGUUAACUCCCUUCAGACAAUGAAGACCGGUAGCUCUGCUGGCUGGACAUUCAAGACUUUCCUACGAAAGAAGAAACAAGUGGCAUAG